AUGCUCAAGCCUGACACCAGUUUAAUCGCCUACGAACGAUCAGAUUGCUAUACGAUCGGGCAUUCAGUUGUAAAGGGCCUCCUAGCAAGCUCUUCGCUUGAAAUGUUUGCGUAUUCUAGCACAAUGAAUUUCCCUUUCUGGCCUACAGAGCCAUCAGUUCAGGAUGAUCUGGAAGCAGAUAUUCGUUGGCUGGCUCGAAAGGAAGCUGCGCAACUUUGGUCGCAGCGAGAGGGGGAGUGGCAUCGAGAACGGGAAGCACGAGAGAGAUUGUUGAGUGAGGUGCUCGCUGUUCGUCAAAAACAAAUCGAGGCCUGUCUUGAGGAAAACCGGCUCCGACAGGCUGAAGAUCUACAUCUCCGGGAAACUCUACUAGCAGAUCUGGAGUCCGAAGUCUCAGGCCGAUCAGGCGGAAAGGCACUUGCUCGGCAUAAAGCCGCGACCCAGCGACGAGCCGAGCUUGACGCUCAGCUAAUGGAGGCAAACCUUCUCCAGAGUCGUGAAGCGGAAGCGGAUCGUUUAGAAACUGAGGCAGAAAGAGCUGCGGAGGUAGAGUAUGAAGAACGCCUUCGCUACGAAGCUAACCGCCUACGUCGUCAGCAUCAGCAGCGAGAGGCUUCUGGAAAGGAAACUUCCUAUAAUGAUUAUGAUAACUAUGCGGACUUGUCUAGUCUAUCUCUAAAGGACCGGGAAGGUCAGGAGCUGACUGAGGCAGUGCCUUAUGAUUCUCUGAUUUGCAGUGGAACUCGGGCUGAUAAGAAUUAUUCAACAAUGCGACCUUUAACAGGUAUAUAG